GGCUCACACAUGUGACGUGCAACCGCUCCCAUGUUGCAGCCCCUUCGCUCGCACGACACGUCGGAUCAGUUGAAUUUUUGCCAAUGGCCGCCGCAGGCCAUCACCUUCAACACGCUUGCGCUUGCCUGCAAGGAAAGCUCUCAGUGGCGCCGCUGUGUGGCCCUGCUCGAAAUGGCCGGGCGCCGGAGCUGCGUGGACGAUCGCAGCCAGAGCACAUUGCUGGCUGCUUUGGCAAAGGUAGCCAGGUGGGAACAAGCCUUGCUCAUCUCUCCUUCGAACGAUGUGGCUGUUGCUGCUGCCAUCUCAGCAUGUGAGAAGGGCUGGCAGUGGAGGCCUGCUGUGGAAUUGCUGGACUUCCUACAAGGCGGCCUGGGCACAGCACACAAUAGUGCCCUGUCAGCCUGCGAAAAGGCGCGGCAGUGGCGUGUGGCCCUCGUGUUGCUAUCUCAACAUCCACAACCCAGCCGUGUGAGCUUCAAUGCAGUGCUCAGUGCAGUCGAGCGCUGGGAUCAAGCACUGGAGAUCUUGCGCACCAUGACUCUUCAAAGAAUUACAGCCGAUCUGGUGACCUACACAGCUAUUGUUUCCAGCUGCGCAACUGCCAGCCAUCUAUCUACGAGCCUUGAGAUGCUGGAGAAGAUGAAGCAAGACUCUGUUCAGCCGCGGAGCCUUGCUUACAAUGCUGUCCUUCAUGCGUGCGCCGACUCCCUGGCCUGGCGCUGUGCGCUGCAGAUCUUCGGCGAGGCCCGUGCAGCGGAGGCCCUGGACCCGCUGGCGCUGCAGGCGCUGAUGGCGAGCCUCAGUGGGGCUGGACAGUUCAGGACGGUAAAUCAGUUGAUGCCGCGUGUGAGCCGCACCCUUUCUUUGGGCUGGCUUCUCUCAAAGGCAAAGAAUUGUCGCGGUGCCUUCGGGGGAAGCAUGAGCCCAGACCCUGCGGCAUUGGAAGCUGCGUGUUGGAGGCUGCUGCAGUUACUCCCCCAGAGCACUCAUCUAUGCGAUCGGCUCCAGCGAUCUCUACGUCCAAGUGCUUUCCGGACGCUGCUGGUCGCGCUCAAAGCAAAUGCUCCAGAAGAGAUGCGGGCGCCCUUUGGUCUUGGGACUUUGCCGUCUCUUCUAGUCCUGCAGGAAUUCCAGUUGGCUUCGAAACUGAGCCGCACGACCAGCCCCUGCUCCCGCGAAAGUCUUGAAGCUCUGGAACCCAGCGUCCAGCUGAUGGGGAGGUUGCCUAGCGCUCACAAGCUAGUGGCCUUCAUCGACUUUUCCUUGAGCUGCAGGUCCGAGUUCAUCGUGGAUGCAUUCUCAGUUUGUGCUGAACCACCAGAUGUCCAGAGCGUUGCAAAAAAAAGGCUGCGAAUGGAGCCAUGA